AUGACAGUAUUGGAACCAAAAAAAAGUAUAAGUGAUCAAUUAAAAGAUUACAAUGCAACCAAGGAUAAUAUAUCAGGAGUGAAAAAACAAAAUGGACAAUACAAAGAAUUUGAUGUUGAAAAGGCAAAGAAACAAGAUUUGGAAAAGGAAGCCAGAAAAGCACAGGAUAGAAAGAAAUCAUGUCUACUCUUUUGUAUUGGAUUCUUGUUUAUACUACCAUGGUCAAUCAAUUAUUGUUUGCACAAUCGAUCCAAAGACAAAGUUGCUAGAGUAUUGGCAAAGGUAUCACUUGGAUUAUUCGGAAUUUUUGCUACUCUAUUCGUUAUCUGUUUAACUUGUUUAAUAGUUUAUUUAACUGGUUUCAAUGAUCCUAAUAGAGCAUAA